AUGUCAAUGAAGAUUCUCUAUGAGCAUUUCACAUUAUAUGACAGCUUAGAGGUCGAUUUCACUAUCACAAUUUUCACAUCGGUUUUGAGAAAAGCAAGAAUGGACAAGAGGAAAAGUGAAGAUGACCGUAGAACGCAAUUGACAUCGGACAAAAGAAAAGACUUCGAAAACUGGACAAGCACGUCACCUUAUCCGCCACGGCUGUAG